AUGGUCAUAUACAACGAGGAUGAUCCAGGUGACGAGGUUAUUAAUCGUGUCUCAGUUGGUACGUCAAAAUUCAUUGCUUGGAUGGAGUGCAACGAUAUGUAUGAAUUGGCGAGGACGUUAACUUAUGCGCAAUUUCCUACGAGAUUCGUGUGGAAUAACACAAAGAGAAUAUGGACGCCACGAUCAAGGAGAGUUGCUCUUGGUAGAAUCACGUACGUACCCAUUGGGGCAGCUGUUAGUCUAUCUCAGGAGCAAGUUAAAGACUUUACCCUGGUCGAAAUAGAACUUCUUUUACGUGUAAGUGGGAGAUCCUUAAAAGAAUUCACACCUAUGCCGUUUCCUGAAUAUAUUACUCUGGAGUCACGUGAUAAUCCUCUUAUUCGGGAUGAGAGGAAUUACAAUCGUGAAACUCUUAGAGUAAGAAACGAGCAGAUGUUAGCCACUGUAACCAGUGAACAGAGAAGUGUUUAUGAUGAGAUACUAGAAGCAGUUAAUAAGAACAGAGGAGGUAUGUUCUUUGUUUAUGGUUCUGGAGGUACUGGUAAAACUUAUUUUUGGAGUCUAUUAGGAUCUGCUCUACGUUCCCAAGGUGAUGUUGUUCUCAAGGUUGCAUCGAGCGGGAUUGCUGCGUUGUUAUUAGAAGGAGGCCGAACUGCGCAUUCAAGAUUUGCAAUCCCUAUUGUGGUUAAUAAGUUUACCUUCUGUUCAAUCAAGAAGGAGUCGAAUCUUGCCGACUUGAUAAGGAUUUCUAAACUCAUUAUAUGGGACGAGGCGUUGAUGAUGAGUAAAGACUGUUUCGAGACUCUAGAUAGAACGAUGCGUGAUAUAUUAGAAGUUGAUAAGCCCUUUGGUGAUAAGGUCAUUGUUUUAGGAGGGGAUUUUAGGCAAAUAUUGCCAGUGAUUCCAAAUGCCGGGAAGACAGAGAUACUUAUGGCCACUUUGAAUUCGUCACCUCUGUGGUACAAAUGUAGAGUGUUGAGACUUACACAGAAAAUGCGACUUAUAGCUGGAGAUAAUAGUCGUGCUAUGCUUGAACGAGCUGCCUUUACAAAGUGGAUCUUAGACAUUGGUGAUGGUACGAUAAAUGACGAUGGUAGUGGUGAAGCCGUGAUUGAUAUUCCUGAUGAUCUGUUGAUUAAAGACUGUAAAGAUCCUAUAAAAACGAUCGUCAAAGAAAUAUAUGGGAAUUUGUUUUCGAAUGAGACUGAUCCUAAAUUUUUCCAAGACCGUGCCAUACUGAGUCCAAGAAACGAUGAUGUAGAUACGAUAAAUGAUUAUAUGCUUUCAAAGUUACCGGGUGUUGAAAGGACCUAUCUUAGCUGUGAUAGCAUUGAUACGACUGAAGAAGUUGUUAAUUACAAUGAUGCGUCUGAAGUACCCUCAGAGAGUGUAGCCAUGCUUCUAAGAAAUAUCGACCCUAAGAAUGGGUUGUGUAAUGGCACAAGACUCAUCAUUAUUAAGAUGGCUAAUUAUGUUCUCCAGGCUCAGAUAAUAACAGGUAGCAAGGUUGGUGAAAAGGUACGGAUUCCUAGGAUAUUCCUCUCUCUUUCGGAGAUGAAACUUCCUUUCAGGAUGAGACGCAAGCAGUUUCCUAUCACAUCAGCUUUUGCAAUGACUAUAAACAAAAGCCAAGGACAGACACUCGAAAAGGUUGGUUUGUAUCUUCCAAGACCGGUUCUUACUCAUGGACAACUCUAUGUCGCUGUAUCGAGGGUUACAUCAAGAGAAGGUUUGAAGAUAUUGAUCACCGAUAAAGACAACAAACCACAAAACAAAACAUUGAAUGUCGUCUACAAGGAGGUUUUUGACAAGAUAUGA